CUGGAUCCUGGUUCGAGUCAUUGUAACUGUUCCCAUCGUAAGAACCCUAGACCUGUAAUUCGUUGAUGGUACUUGGUCUGGGGUUUAGCAAAUCUGAUUAAAUCGCAUUUAACUGCUGGAGCAUAGUUACAGUUUUUCCUACAGGCAAGGAUGGUUAUUUCAGAACUUAGUAAUCUGCGUAAUGUGUUCAAAUGAGAGCAUAUGGAAGUUAAGGAUAGUUACUGACUCUUCUGAGUUCUGAUAGGCGGGACCUCUACCAUCUCAUCUAGGCUGAAUAAUCUGAUGUGCAACGGGAGGUGAACAAAAACUCCCUCUAACAAUAUGGGAUUUGAUAACGAGUGUAUUCUUAACAUUCAGUCUCUUGCUGGUGAAUAUUUCUGUCCUGUUUGUCGCUUGCUCGUCUACCCAAAUGAAGCCAUUCAGUCACAGUGUACUCAUCUAUACUGCAAGCCUUGUUUAACAUAUGUUGUAAGUACCACGCGUGCUUGCCCUUAUGAUGGCUACCUGGUCACUGAAGCGGAUUCGAAGCCUCUCGUGGAAUCAAAUAAAGCUCUUGCUGAAACCAUUGGUAAAAUAGUUGUUCACUGUCUCUAUCACAGGAGUGGAUGCACGUGGCAGGGUCCAUUAUCAGAAUGCACAUCACAUUGUGCUGGAUGUGCCUUUGGCAAUUCUCCUGUUGUAUGCAACAGGUGUGGUACCCAAAUUGUGCAUCGACAAGUGCAAGAACAUGCACAGAACUGCCCGGGUGUGCAGCCUCAAUCACAGCAAGCAGAGGGUGCCCAGGAUGCAACCUCUACACCAGGUGCUGCAACUGCAACUGAACAGAACCAAGCUGGUGAUCCAGCAGGUGCGCUGACAUCUCAAGCUCAGGCUGGCCAGUCGUCCCAGAUCACUGCAGCUCCUGUGCCUGGACAAGAUCAAAAUCAAGCCAGUGCCAGUGCUCAACCUCAAGCUGUAGCUCAGGCUAUGCCAACUCCAGAGCAGUGGUAUCAGCAGCAGCAACAAUACCAACAAUACUAUCAACAAUACCCUGGAUAUGAUAUCUAUCAACAACAUUAUGAUCCAUACCAACAACAAGCACAGCAGCAAUAUCAGCAACAACAACUACAAGCUCAUCCCCCACAUAUAGCAGCACCGCAUCCUCCCCAGGUAUAUUUGCAACCCCAGGCCCAACCUCAGUCUCAGCUUCAAGCUCAGGCCCAACCACCAGUGCAACCUCAGGCACAGCUUCAACCUCAACCUCUCCCACAUACCCAGUCUCAACCUCAUGCACAGCCCCAAGCUGUAGUGGCCGUGCAACCUCAAAUGCAGGGACAGGUCAACUCUCAGCAGCAACUUCAACCAGUACAACCACCCCCCCAUGGGCACCAACAGCCUCAGCCAUAUUCACAGGCUCAGCCUCAUCCUCAUCCACAGCAUCAUCCAGUCCAGAGUUAUCCUCAGAUGCAACAUUCACGGCCCCAUCCUCAUCCUCAACCAUAUCUUCAUCCACAUUCCCAACCUCAUCCUCAUCCCCAGCCCCAGCCUCAACCCCAGUCCCAGUCCCAGUCCCAGCCUCAACCCCAGUCCCAGCCCCAGCCUCAAACUCAGCCACAACAUCCAUCAGUCCAUGCAGUGACAGGCCACCAAUCUUAUCCACAACAGCAGCCUCACCAACAAUUGCUGCCCGGUGCCCCACAACAUCCUGGUUACAUGCACCCUCAGCAGCAAGGUGUGACACACCAACCACAACAUCCUGUUCAAAUGCAGAGUCAGUUCCCUCAUCAACAACCAUCACAAAUUCGUCCACCUCAAUCUCAUGGUCCAGUGCAACAGCCACAGCAGCCGCAACAGCCAGCCAUGUUGCCUCAGCAGGGUCAGCAUCCAAACAUUCCCCCUGUGCAACAGCCACAACAUUCUCUUGCUAGCCAACCGUUGCAUCAGCACCCUGGUAUGCUCCCACCCCAACAACAAACUCCUGUGCUUCAGCAACAGGUGCAACAGUUCCAUCAGCAGGCCCCUGGGCAUUCACAUCCAUUCCCUGGGCAAACACCUGGCUUGCUCCACAAUCAGGCCCAUCAACAAGGUCCUUUGAUGCAGCAGCAGCACCCCAUACAGUCUCAUUUGCGCCCUCUGCAGCAACACGCUUAUGGCAAUCCUCAGUUGCAGCAGAAUGUUCCACUGGGACAGGGCUUACAAGUCCAGCCAUCUCAAAAUCUUACUGGAAGGCCUAUGAUGCCAAAUCAUGGGGUGUCACAACAGCCAUUUCCACAGUCUCCUGGAGGACCUGCAGGAAUGGGUUAUGUCAAGCCGAUGCUGCCUGGUCCACCUGGUCCGAAUCAACCAUCUCAAAAUCAAAAUUAUCCAUCAAGGACAGGCAUUCGUCCACAAUCAUCUUCUGAACAACUGCAUGGUUACAUUCAACAGCCUGCAUUUUCACAAUCUGGCAGUCUGAAUGCCCCCUUUCCUGCUUUGCCCACAGCACAGUCUGGGACAAACAUUCCAGCAGCUGCUGCGCGAAUCACAUCUAAGCCAACAUCUUUUGAUAACCCAAAUGAUUCCAUGCCUGAGAGAAGUACGAAUGAGCUUGAAAAUGAAACAGCAUCUCUCAAAACUAGUGGAAAGGAGGGAAAUGGUUCAAUUACCUCAUUAUCUCAAGAUGUUGAUGCAUCUGAGCUUAAGGUUCCCAAGGAAAGUGAUUCCAAACCGGUGGUUGAUGAAGAGAAGCUUGUUGAUAAAGAUGAAGAUAAGAACAACCAGUCUGAUUUUUCUGUUAAAGAGAUUCUGGGCUCUUCACAGACUCUGGGAAAAGACCCUGAAUCAAUGUUGCAGGAAGAUGCAUCCGAGGAACCUGUAAUUAAACAGAUAGUGAAGGAAGAAGCUGGUGAGAAGUCAUCAGAGCUUUCUCCAGGUGGGGCUAAGAGCCAUGAGGAUGUUCAUAGUGGUCCCAAGGAGAAUUCCUUGUUGGAAACUAAGGAAAUUCAUAAUGCACCUAAAAUGGAGAUGACUGAAGGACAGGAUGUGAACAUGCCAAAGAGCGGAGCAGAUGAACGUGGAGCUGCACAGUCGUUUCCUGCUGGUGAAAGAGGCAACUCGCUGAUUCUUCCUCACCAUGGCUAUCAGGAUAGAAAUUUGCCCCAAGCCAAUUUUGGUCGGCCUGCUUCUAGCCAACAGCCAAUGCAUUAUGGAGCUCCUCCUUACCAGCAAGGACCACCUGCUCCGGACCGAAUGUUACCAUCAACAGUGCCUCCACAUCAAAUGCAUUUGCCAGGGCCGCCUCCGGUUCAAAUGAGGCCUCAAGGGUAUAACUCCCAUUUACAUUUACCACAGCAAGUUCAGCCAUCAAUUCCACCUGAACAUUUCCAGCAACCAAUAGUGGAGCAGCCUCAUGGUACUUUCCAUGCUGCAGGCCCAGGCUCCUCAGCAUUAUUUGGGAGGGGCCCAGCUCAUCUGGGUCCUCCCCAGAAAGGUCUUGAACCACAAUCUCUGGUUCUUCAAGGGUAUCACAAUCAAGGUAUUGUUCCCCAAACCCAUACCGGAGGUCCCAGAAUUUCUCAAGUUGAGUCCAUGAGAGGACCCCCAUUGGGUGGGCCAACACCUGGGGCAUUUGAUUCACAUGGAGCGAUGAUGGUGAGAGGUCCUCCACCUGGUAUUGAAGGUCAGAUGGGUCCGCCACGCCCUAGUAAACCUUUUGGGGCUGAAAUGCAUAUGAAUAAGAGGCCUGGCCAGUUUGAUGGUAGACAACCCGAGUCAAAUAUGUCUGGACCUGCAGAACAUGUUCCGUUUGGACAGGCGUCUAUCCAAUCUAAUGCGAUGAAAAUGAAUGGAGUCCCAGGAAAGGGUGUGGCUGCUGGCAUACAGGACCCAUCAUUUCCACAUGGUAUGCAAGAGGAAAGGUUCAAACCAUUGUCAGAUGAGAGAUAUAAACGGCUGCCCGAGGAAGGCUUCAAUCAACAAUCAGAUGAGCGCUUCAAGCCUUUUGCAAUGGAACCAGGUAGGCGCAUGAUUGAUCGAAGAGAGUUUGAGGAAGAUCUCAAGCAGUUUCCGAGGCCAGCUCAUCUAGAUGAGUCUGGUCCUAAGUUUGAAAGUUAUUUUCCCUCAUCAAGGCCUCAUGGAUUUGGCAUGGAUGCAGCGCCUAGGCCCCUCGAUAGGGCACCUGUUUUUGGUCGUGAUUCUGGAUCCAAAUUAGACGCUGCUACUUCAAGAUUGUUGCCUCCCUAUCAACCUGGUGGUUCGUCCACACAUCCUUUGGAUUCAGAAGAAAGAGCUAGGCCAGCUGGUCUUCAUGAUGAUAACAUUGGAAGGAAGGUGGAUCCUGCUGGAGCUCACUCAGAUUUCCUUAGAUCUAUCUCUGAAUUAGGUCGGCAUCGUGUGGAUGCUAUGGGACCUCCAAGAAGUCCUGGCAGAGAAUACCCUAGCAUUCCCUCAAGCAGGUUUGGAGGCAUUUCUGCUGGUAUUCCAUUGGGUACUCAGUCACACCUGGAGAAUAUUGACGACCGAGAAUCACGUGUUUUUGGUGAAAGAUCUAAGCCUUUCAAUCUUCCUUCAGAUUCAGUUGGUGGUGCAUUUCAUGAUAGUAGGUUUCCCAUGUUGCCUGGUCAUUUGCGAAGAGGUGACUCCAAUGGUCCUGGGAAUCUGCGAAUUGGUGAGCAUAUUGGAUCUGGUGCACUGCCUGUCCAUUUAAGGAGUGGUGAUGUGGUUGGUUCAGAAAUUCUACCCGGUCAUUUGCGGAACCGUGAACCUUUUGUACCUGGCAGUUUAAGUCAUUUGCGGGGAGGUGAACCUUUGGGUCCACGUAACUUGCAUGGCCAUUUGAGGAUGAGUGACCCAGCUGGUUUUGGUGCUUUCCCCAGCCAUUUACGUAUUAAUGAGUUGUCUGGGCCUGGGAAUUUGCCUUCGCAUCUUCGAAUGGGAGAAUCAAUUGGCGGACGCCUUAGUGAACCUGGACGUGUGGGCAGUUUCCCUAUUCAAGGAUUUCCAAAUGAUCAUGGAUUUUUUCCUGGAAUAUGUGUAUAUGGUUUACAUUUUCUUUGUAUGCGCUCAGCUGUCUUUUGUCACUUCUAUUCAUCAUUGUCAACUCUUCAGGGUGACAUGGAGUCCUUUGAUCAUUCAAGAAAGAGGAAGCCUGGAAGUGUGGGAUGGUGCCGUAUAUGUAAAAUUGAUUGUGAAACAGUGGAAGGUCUGGAAUUGCAUUCCCAAACGAGAGAACAUCAAAAGGUGGCCAUGGAUAUGGUCCUGAGCAUCAAGCAGGACAACGCCAAGAAACAGAAAUUAUCUUCGGAUGACCAUGCAGUUGAAGAUGCAAGCAACAAGUCAAGGAAGGCCAAUUUUGAGGGUCGUGGUAAUAGGCAUUAAGUUGAAGAAUGCUACUGCAAUUUUGAUCAAACUGUCGAUGUUGGAGGGAACGUGAUUGGUUGCUGAAUGGAAGUCAAUUUUUUUUUCUUCAGUAAUUUUGCAUCGGAGACAUGUAGGUGAUUAAUCCUUCUAUAUCUGCUUUUUUGCUUUCGGGGUGGUUUAUGCUAGUUUCGUUGUUUCAGGUUGCUGCCCUGUUUAAUGGAGAUGGUUCUUUGGAACUGAAGUUUCUGUGACAAGUUAAGUUUGUUUAUAAUUGUGACUUCUUUAGCUUGCAAGGGAAUAGUUUAUACCAACAUUAUCCUUAAUUUGAGCUGUGGUUCUACUAUAA